AGCGGCUGGACGCGACAUUCUGGAUGCGAUCUUCUGGACGCGAUCUUCUGGAUCCUCGGCGUCCUCGGAAUGGUCGGGUCGGCUCUUUUGGCCGAAACGAAUGACACCACAAUCGCGACCACCGCCGCAGAUGAGAUCUACGACCUCAGCAGUUUUUACCUUGAUAUCGACGGCUCGCUGUCCGAAAGGGGGGAGCUCAUGUUCUCCACGGCCGCGUCCAACUACGUCGGCUCCGACAUAGGCGACCCGCUGUAUGGAGGAGGCGCCCCGAAAUGUGGCACGAGUGGUGCGAAGGCGACGAAGGGGCGUCGCCGGGACACCCAGCUUACGCAGCUCAUUUUUGAUAGGCAGCAGUCACUGGCCCAAUUCAUGAGCGAGCUGGGCACGGGCAAUCCUGCAGUGCAACCG